CUUGCACGGGUUUUCAGCUAUAGUGCGGACAGUCCUGGAGGGCUAUCGGGAUCCAGCCGCUUCUUCGACAUUCUUUCGGCGAAGAAUGAAGGAGAUGUCGAUCUCGAUGUAGACUUGGAAGGCCCACAAGAAAUCCCUUGCCACUCCAUUCAUUCUCUCCGCUCUCCGAAUUUGUGGCUGUCAUUCCCCACAAUUUAUUGGCUCCGUGUUAUUUGAUGGGUGAAAUGUGGUUCAUUCCUAUUUCGUUGGGGACGAGUAUUUGCUCCAGUAGAUAACUUAGUCAUAAUCAACUAAAACACUGAUGGCUACUAAGAUUAUUGGGACUGCUAUAGCUGGCGACAAAGGAUUUUACAAAGAGCAAAGUGGCCUUUUGUGUCCUUACUCAAAAUUAGUACAUGGUGGAUGCUAUACUAUAACACAGAAGAAUCAGUUGAAAAUAUUUAGGAAAGGACGUUUUUUUAGAUUAGUUCAUUCUUCCUCCUGUUACUGUUAUAGGCACGCCAAUGAAAAACUAUAUCCUUGCUUCCAUAACAGAGAACGAGUCUGGUCAUGCCAUUCUACCUGUACGCGCAGAAUUGAGACUAAAAUAAGUUCAAGGAAAGAAUGCUGCUCAAAUGUCCCUAGUUGUCAGACGGAAGAUGAGAAGGAUGAAGAGUAUGGUUCUCAAUUGUGUGAGCAAAUGCUAUCCGGAAGAAUUUAUCACCCAAAUCAAGGCUUAGCUGAAGCUUGUAAAUUUGUUUAUAAUGAUGCCAAGUUCGUAAAUGAAAGGGCACGGAACGACAUUAUUUUGCUUUCACGUGGCUUGACAAGGUUGAAUGAUCGUGCUCGCCAAGAUGUUGCUGUUCUUGGCCUUGGAUUUCUGAAGCUUGAUGCUCGUGCAAGAGAGGACACAGGGAAGAUUGACAGCCACAUGAGGAAGAAAGCAGCUUAUUUGCGCCAUGUAGCAACUAUUUUAAAGAACAAAGCUCAGUCUAAACUGAAGAAUGCAGCAGAUGAGCACUGGAGUGAUGGGGCUCUGGAGGCUGACUUGAAGCGAGCUGACUCUGUUGCUCGACGACGAGCCAUGGAAGAUGCAUUUAUGGCUUUGAAGUUUGUAAGGAACAUCCAUAACAUGAUGGCAAGCAAACUAUAUCGACUGCCACGGAAGGAAGGUUCCUUCGCCAUUAACGACAUGAUGGGCUUUAUUUCACUUGAAAAGAAUGGAAAAGCUCUCGAUCUCUUUGGCGGAGAAAUCUCUUCUGAUCGAAUCACUGCCAUUCAGGAUGCCUACUGGAGCAUGGCAUCUGCUUUGUCUGAGGCUGAUGGUAUUGAUUAUACUGAUCCAGAGGAGCUUGAGUUGGUAAUUGCGACUUUGAUUGACCUUGAUGCAAUGGAUAGCAAAAGUAGCGUUUCAUUGCUGGCUGAGUGCUCCAGCUCCCCAGAUGUUAGUACAAGGAAAGCUCUUGCAAAUGCGUUGGCCUCAGCUCCCUCAAUGUGGAUACUGGGCAAUGCUGGCAUGGGCGCAUUACAAAGGCUGGCUGAAGACCAUAACCCUGCUGUAGCUACCGCUGCUUCGAAAGCCAUUAAUGAGCUGAAGCAGCAGUGGGAACUCGAAGAGGGAGAUAGUCUGAGGUUUUUAAUGAACCAGCAUUUGCAAGAGGAUGACCAAAGUGAUACUUCAGAGGAAGAAAAGUAACGCAUACCAAAUUUUCUAUAGUUUCUUCUUCUGAGAAGAUCAAAUCCAUAGGUGCUAAUUGCAGUGUCAAAUGAUAAAUAUAGUCCUAGUUUUAAGGAAGCUGUGAAUGCUCCAGCAAAUAUCAGAGCGAGCGUUGCUUCACAGCCAGUGCUCAUAUAGUAUGAACAUCAUUGAUAGAAUGGCUGCUUAACUGCUUAUGUUAAGCAUCUAUGUAAAAUAUUACCUGUAAAGAGCAAGCAAUGAUUUUGCGCUCAGACAACUGAAACUCAUCGAGUUCAUGCAACGAUUUUUCCCAUUGUUUUUAUUGUCGUUGUGAACACGCUUGUAAGGAUGAAUUAUUUUGUGCAGAUGCCGAAUGUUGUCUAGAGC